UCUAUUUCCACCAAUCUAAUCUUUCUCACGUCCUUCCCUUCCCAGGAAGUCCCGCCUAUAAACGACUUUUUCGGCGUCUUCGUCUUCCUGCAAAAUCUCGCGAGAUCUCCGAGAGCCUAUGUGACCCGGAGGGAGCGGAAGUCGAGUCUCUUUCCCGUGGCAGGUCUGGAGCGGGUGGCUGUGCAAAGAUGAAGCUCAACAUCUCUUUCCCAGCCACUGGCUGUCAGAAACUCAUUGAAGUCGAUGAUGAAAGAAAGCUACGGACCUUUUAUGAGAAGCGUAUGGCCACUGAAGUUUCUGCUGAUGCUCUGGGUGAAGAAUGGAAGGGUUAUGUGGUCCGCAUCAGUGGUGGGAAUGACAAACAAGGAUUCCCCAUGAAGCAGGGUGUUUUGGCUCAUGGACGGGUCCGCCUGCUGCUCAGUAAGGGCCAUUCUUGCUAUCGUCCUAGAAGAACUGGAGAAAGAAAACGUAAAUCUGUUAGGGGCUGUAUUGUGGAUGCAAAUCUGAGUGUCCUCAAUUUGGUUAUCGUGAAGAAAGGUGAGAAAGAUAUACCAGGACUGACAGAUACAACUGUGCCUCGGCGCCUGGGGCCCAAAAGAGCUAGCAGAAUCCGCAAACUUUUCAAUUUGUCCAAAGAAGAUGAUGUCCGGCAGUAUGUUGUGAGAAAGCCUCUCAACAAGGAAGGUAAGAAACCAAGGACUAAGGCUCCUAAAAUUCAGCGUCUGGUGACUCCCCGUGUUUUGCAGCACAAACGUAGACGCAUUGCUUUGAAGAAGCAACGUACCCAGAAGAAUAAGGAAGAAGCAGCUGAAUAUGCCAAGCUUUUGGCCAAGAGAAUGAAGGAGGCUAAAGAAAAACGACAGGAACAGAUCGCUAAGAGACGUCGACUGUCUUCCCUGAGAGCCUCCACCUCAAAGUCUGAGUCCAGUCAAAAAUAAAAUUUCUAAAGAUAUGUUAGAAAUAAAAUAAAUAACUUUUGUCAAGUGGAA